AUGGCGAAAUGGUUCAGGGACUUUCCCAUCAACCUGAAAAACGGCAGCGAACGAGUCCGCUCGGCCUCCGAAUCAGGCCCACAAACACGACUCAAACCUUCGUUCUCCCGUGAUAGCCUGAAGGGAAAUCCGCGUAAAGAUAACGGAGUGACUGCUUUGCUGGCAGGCAGGAAUAGGAAGAAUUCAGCCACGGAGUUGGGCCGCAACCACAACACCGGUUCUGCAGGUGGAACCGUGUGGGAAACUCUGGCCCCUGGAAAAAAUCGCAAGAGCUCUUCCAAGGUGGAAGCGCCCGCAGAGAAGGUUCAAGUGAGGACCAGCAGUCUGGCUCAGGCUUACAUCAGCAGGAUGAUCAAAGUGGACAAGCAGGACAAGACUCCCAAACUAAAUGGGAUAAGUGAGCAGAUUAAACCCGACAAUGACAGUGGACGCUCUGACAUUAAAACAACACUGAUCAUCCUCGAGGACUACGCGGAUCCUUUCGAUGCAGAGAAAACCAAAGAACAAAGGGAGGCGGAGAGAGCUGGAGUGAAUGACGGUUACAUGGAACCUUAUGAUGCCCAGGUCAUUAUCACAGAGGUACGUCGUCGAGGUUCCAAGGACCUCCUCAAAGUGUGCGUGCUGGUCGACCGAGGCCAGUCGGCAGGGAAAGGAGACGAGGGCAAGCCCCCGCCGCCCAACAUCUACGACACGCCGUAUGAAGGCAGACUGGAGGGCAACAGCGAGGGUGUGUGGAUCCCUGUCACGCGGCCCGAGUCCGACAUCCGCCCGGCUGCCGAGUAUGAGCUUCCCUGGGAGUGGAGGAAGGAGGACAUUGUUCGAGCACUGUCAGCCCAAUUUGAGGCAGUGGAUUGUUCUCCUGCUAAGGAGAACGGUCGCCAGCUGCAGCAACAACAGCAACAGCAGCAGCAAACUUUGAGGCAGAAGAACUGGACGCACAAAACAUUAGUGUCCACCUCUUCUUCCUCCUCUUCCUCUUCACCUUCCUUUCCUUCUUCGCCCAUUCUCAAACUCUCCCCAAUAACAACCUCAGCCCCGUCGUACCCCACCCUGAGACUCUCGUCAUCUUCCGGCUCCAACAAGCCUCCCUCUCCUACCUCACCAAAUGCCCCAUUGGAUGGGGUGGCGGCAAGUGUGGACUCCAGCCUGCCACUGGAUAAGCAAAGCUGGUACCAUGGCAGCGUCAGUAGGCAGCAAGCUGAGGCCCAGCUGCAGCGCUGCAGGGAAGCCAGCUUCCUGGUGAGAGACAGCGAAUCAGGAACCAGCAAGUACUCCAUCGCUCUCAAGACCAGUCAGAGUUGUGUGCACAUCAUCGUGGCCCAGACGAAGAGCAGUAAGGGCUUGGGCUACACUCUGGAUCAGAGUAGCUGCGUCUUUGGAAGCAUCCCUGAGCUGGUGCACCACUACUGCUCACACAGACUGCCCUUCACCGGGGCUGAGCAUAUGACCCUGCAGCACGCUGUGCAAAGGUCGCAUUUGUAA